UAUUCGCUGGGCCUUGUGGAUGGUGCCAAUCCAUCCCCAACACUGGUUCAGCUAACCGGUCUGACGUUCGAGACGUUCUCCGAGCUUUGGUAUAACCAGGCGGUCCAACUCGACGGGGCGACAAGACUCGCUUGCUUGGUGUUCCUCUGCUUCGUUUUGAUCCUCUACGUGACUAACCGGUCUAAACCGGUUUACUUAGUGGAUUUCUCCUGCUACAAACCGGAAGACGAGCGGAAAAUGUCCGUGGACUCGUUCUUGAAGAUGACGGAGGAAAACGGAGCAUUCACCGAUGACACCGUCCGGUUCCAGCAAAGAAUCUCGAACCGGGCCGGUUUAGGAGACGAGACUUAUCUGCCACGUGGCAUAACGUCAACACCCCCGAAGCUAAACAUGUCCGAGGCACGUGCCGAAGCUGAGGCCGUUAUGUUCGGAGCCUUGGAUUCACUGUUCGAGAAAACCGGAAUUAAACCGGCUGAAGUCGGAAUCUUGAUCGUAAACUGCAGCUUAUUCAAUCCGACGCCGUCUCUAUCGGCAAUGAUCGUGAACCAUUACAAUAUGAGAGAAGACAUCAAAAGCUACAACCUCGGAGGAAUGGGCUGCUCCGCCGGAUUAAUCUCAAUCGAUCUCGCCAACAACCUACUCAAAGCAAACCCUAAUUCUUACGCUGUCGUGGUCAGCACGGAAAACAUAACCCUAAACUGGUACUUCGGCAACGACCGGUCAAUGCUCCUCUGCAACUGCAUCUUCCGAAUGGGCGGUGCAGCGAUUCUCCUCUCUAACCGCCGGCAAGACCGGUCAAAGUCAAAGUACGAGUUAGUCAACGUCGUACGGACACAUAAAGGAUCAGACGACAAGAACUAUAAUUGCGUAUACCAGAAGGAAGACGAGAGAGGAACGAUCGGUGUCUCUUUAGCUCGGGAGCUGAUGUCUGUGGCCGGAGACGCUCUGAAAACAAACAUAACAACGUUAGGACCGAUGGUUCUUCCUUUGUCGGAACAGCUAAUGUUCUUGGUUUCACUGGUCAAAAGGAAGUUGUUAAAACUCAAAGUGAAGCCGUAUAUUCCGGAUUUCAAGCUCGCUUUUGAGCAUUUCUGUAUACACGCAGGAGGUAGAGCGGUUCUCGACGAGGUGCAGAAGAAUCUUGAUCUUAAAGAUUGGCAUAUGGAGCCUUCAAGAAUGACUUUGCACCGGUUUGGUAACACUUCGAGUAGUUCGCUUUGGUAUGAGAUGGCUUAUACCGAAGCCAAGGGUCGGGUUAAAGCAGGUGAUAGGCUUUGGCAGAUUGCGUUUGGAUCUGGUUUCAAGUGUAAUAGCGCGGUUUGGAAAGCGUUACGAGUUGUUUCGACUGAGGAGUUGACGGGUAACGCAUGGGCUGGUUCGAUUGCGGAUUAUCCGGUUAAGAUUGUGCAAUGAUUGGUUGUACCGGAUGUGUGGAGUGUAGUCAUUGGUUUGUAAUUGUGUACUUCUUGAUAUCAAUUUUUUUUUUUGUUGUAAGUUGUCGAUUGGAUAUUAUAAUUUAAUUAAUUUUAUGGA